AUGGCGAUAUUAGAAGAGUUACGGAAUGCAGAGGAAGGUUUACUAUACGAAGUGGAUGACCACGGCGGGCAGGAGCUAGUCAGGUCUGUGGAAUCAACCCAUCGAGUGUUUAUACGUUAUACUAACGUCACUUCACGAUCUGUGAAUGUCUGGUGGAGAGAUUUCUCCGGACGUCGGCGCUUCUACGCCUGUCUGAAACCGACGGAUUUUUGCGAUAUUAAUACUUACGCUACUCACACGUGGGAGUUCACGGACGUGGCCACAGGGGAGCGCUACAAUGUCGGUGCGCAGGCCAUCUUUAGAGCUCCUAUAAGCGAUGCGCGUUACAGAUAUAAUUGGAAUAUCAGUGUGAGUCUCCGCUCACUCCGAGACACUGCCCUGUUGCAAGUAGCGCUAUCACUGUCUAACCUGCAGCAGGUAGACUCAUUGGGCCUCCCUAAGGCACUUUCCGAGGAUGUGAAGCAGCUCGUUCAAGUUAUUCAAGCACCCAAAGAGUAUCGCCGGGAUCCAUGA